AGAAGAUCAUAUUCCCUUAAUUUGCAUAUAUAUUUAAGUUAACAAGUACACAAUGCAUACAUAGUUGUUUAGUAUGGGUGCAAGAAACUUACAUAUAUACAUUUUAUAAACUUUAACCAUUGACAAGAAACUUAGGUAAUUAUUAAUCAUUUAUUUACAAAGUUUCGGAUUAACUCCAAGUCGCAAUUCUUAUCUGCACCAUGGACUCGUCCGUUUUAUCCAUUCCUGCCUCUGUAAUAGUGCUUAAGAGGAAAAGAUCAACUGAUUCAAAAAAUGGGAAAAAUUAUGUCCUACGACCAUGUUGCAUUUGUAGCUCAAACGUGACAACAACUAUGACCAAGUCCGAGUUUACUUUACUUACUGACCUCGUUCUCCCAGUCACACAGGGUCAAGUUACUCCCCCACCAGCAUCAAUUAAUUCCUCUCGAUGGAUUUGCACACCAUGUUCCACAUCUAUCGAAAAACUGAGUGACAUCAAGAAACUGAUGCGUCAAUUGGAAGCCAAAUUGGCGAGAAUCGUACAACUUUUAGCAUUAAAGAUGAGAUAUUCCAAAAGCUGUACAAAUUCAUCAAAAUUGGCAGAGUUACACGUCGCAGUAGAGGAAAAAGACGCUAAAAUGUGCAUUGAGGAGUGUGACGAUGACGUGAAACCGAUAAUCAUCGACUUCCCGGAUGACUGCAGUUCUAUGAAAGAUUUUUCAAGUACCGUUGACCUGAAGGAGUACCCCGUCGAAACUGAUGAAAUUAUUUCCUCUGUCCAGGUUGAUGAUGACGAAAAUGUAUGUGAAACUAAUGACAGUGGGGAAGUGGAUAGUGAACCUUUAGCGCCAAGCUGUCCAAGCUCCCCGACUCCUAAGAUAAGACGUCAAAGACAGAGUAAAAUCAGAGCAGUGCAACUUAUCCAAGCUAUAGGAUCAGAAUGCUCCGAGAGCGUACUGGAUGGUGUCAGUACUGAAACAAAUGACGGGAUUAUCAGAAAAACAAAAGUUAGAAAAUUUCUAUUUGGCAAAAGUGGAAAAAUUCGAUCUCGCAAUGUUCCUAAAAGUGGGCAAAGCAUGAGCAGUCAGUUCAAACUAAAAAUACAACUGGCCACUGCAAAACGGAAAUGUUUGAAGCGAGUAAGGAACAAGGAGAGUAAGAGCAAGCAAAAGAACCGAAACAAACCGAUCCAAAUUAACUGCGAAAUUUGCGAUAAAAAAUUUGUACAGGUGUGGGGUUAUCACAACCAUAUGCGAUACACCCAUGGUAAAUCGCUGAAAGAAGCAAAGCCGUCCACCCACGUUUGUGACACGUGUGGAAAAUUUUUCGCCGAGAAGUCCUCUCUUGUCAGUCACAAGGAGCGUGUGCACAUGAAACUCCUCAAAGCAUCCUGUGACCUUUGUGAUUACAAGGGUUAUAACGCGAAGUCCCUAAACAGUCAUAAACAAACUGUGCACCGUCCUGGAGGCCCCAUGUACGUGAAAAAAAGGACGUAUCUCUGUGAGCUUUGUAAUGAGGGGUACAACUUUAAAAAAAGCUUAGCCGAUCACAUCAAGAUGACUCACGAUGCGGACAAAACUCUAAAGUGUGACCGACCUGGGUGCAGGAAGACAUUUUACACGCAGAAAAACCUGGACCAACAUUUGGAACAUUUUCAUCCUCAAGAUGCGACCAUUGAUAAAACGGUGUGUCCCAUUUGCUCAGAAAAUUUCUCAAACAUCCGUGCGAAAAUUGAUCACAUAGCGAGAGCACAUAAAAAUAAAAAGGAAUUCCCUUGUCACAUUUGUAAAGGAGUAACUUUCUCAACGGAAAAAUCUCUUGAACUCCAUUUAAGCAGCCACGCUGGGGAGGAGAAGCGUUUUUUAUGUGGAAAUUGUGGACAGCAAUUUGCGAGAGAUACUGCGCUUUAUCUGCAUAUGAAAAUUGUGUGUAAUCCGAAUGAAGAGGAGAAGGAAAAAUUUAGAAAACUCAGAACGGAGAAACAAAUCGCUUACAGAGAACGGGCCAGGAAGAAAUCCUUCAAGUGCGACCAUUGUGGGACACUAUUUUUAGUGAAGAAGAGACUUGAUAUGCAUAUUGGAAGGUUUCAUAAAGAAGACGAAGAAAGAGAAGGGGACGAGAGCCAGUCAGAAUAAGCAUGCUACAUAUGCACGAUAAGAAAAUUUGAACCUAUGUAGAUAAUUAAAUUAAUUAUGGGAACAAACAUGACUAGAUAAUUUUAAAGUCUUAAUUUUAAGACGUAAUUUUAAAGUAUGUUAAAUUAUAAUGAAUGCACUUGCUUAUUACGAAACGAACUAAGGAAUAAAUACAUACUAGGAUAAAUUUAA